AUGUACAAUCUGAAGUUGGAUAAAUUUAAAGGUAAUGAAGGGCAUGAGGGCGCAGAGCGCUGGCUAGAACACGUAGAGAAGACCUUCCGUGUAUUGCAUAACCAGGGGAAUCUUCCUAUGGAGAGAUGGGUCGAGACGACCACAUGGUUUCUGGAUACGGAGUCUGCAGCUUGGUGGGAGCAGGCGCUCCGUAGGUAUGUGCCCCCUGAGUACAUCGAUAGGAAGAAACAGGAGUUUACUGAACUGAAGCAGCGGAAGAUGUCGGCGAAUGAGUAUUACCGCAAGUUUACGGAUUUGUCUCGUUAUCAUCCUGAUGUCGCUGGUAAUUCGGCGGAGAUGCUCCGUCUCUUCCGCCAAGGUACUAAGAAGAAGUGGCGUUCUAUGGCGACUGCUGUCCACAGCGAGACCUACCAGGACUUCUAUGAGGUGUUGUUGAGGAUAGAAGAUUCUGAGAAUAUGUCGAGCGAUAGUGAUGAAGAAAAAGACAGUAGUCAGAAAAAGAAUGAUAAGGGUAAAGGUCAAGUAUCGCUCGGGCCCCGCCAGACUCAGAACUUCAAGAGGGGUGGAGCUAGUUCGAGUUCUUCUAGCGGUGGUUUUAGUGCAGCUGGACAGGGAAGAGGAGGUCGGUUUGCUGGAGGCCCUCGAGGUCAGAGACAGGGCGAUGGUGGUCGAAACAGAGCCCCCGUUUGCCGUAGGUGUAACAACCGGCAUUUCGGCGAGUGCAGGCGUGGCAGCGGUGGCUGCUUUACGUGUGGGCAGACGGGACAUAGAGCUGUGAAUUGUCCCCAUAAUCAGCAGCAGAAACCACAGCAGACUUUUAUGCCACCACCUGCACCGAUCCGUCAAAUUCAGGGUCCAAGUAGUUAUGGUCAAGCAGGUAGAGGUGGUGCCUACCACUAUCAGGGUGAUGUUGUCCCAUAUGCUCCGGGGCAAUAUCAGUAUCCUCAGGACCCCUAUUCCCAGGGUGGUUAUCCCCCGUAUCCUGGCAGCUAUAUGUCGUAUCCUCCAGCGCCGGUAGGCGGUUCACAGUGGUAUCAGGGAGGACAGUAUCAGCAGGGUGAGUUUGCUACCAGCAGUGCUGGGUCUUCGAGACAAUCGGGACAACCCAGUCAGGGGCGUGGUGCCCAGGGUCGCGGUGUUCAGGCGAGCCGAGGUCGCGGUGGACGACAACAAGGUUGCCAAGGGUACUUGGCACAUGUGGUGUUGAAUGAGGCCGUUCCUGAUAGAGUUGAGGAUGUGAGAGUGUCUUUGACUCCUUAUCGUAUGGCUCCCGCUGAGUUACGGGAAUUGAAAGUUCAGUUGCAAGAAUUGGUGGAUAAGGAAUUCAUUCAGCCUAGUACUUCACCUUGGGGCGCUCCAGUAUUGUUUGUGAGGAAGAAAGAUGGAACUUUGAGGUUGUGUAUUGAUUACAGGCAAUUGAAUCGGGUGACGAUCAAAAACCGUUAUCCGUUGCCACGUAUUGAUGAUUUGUUUGACCAGCUUCGUGGUGCUUGUGUCUUCUCCAAGAUUGACCUGAGAUCUGGUUAUUAUCAGUUGAAGAUUGGCAGAGAUGAUGUUCCUAAGACGGCAUUCAGGACUCGUUACGGUCAUUACGAGUUUCUGGUUAUGCCAUUUGGGUUGACGAAUGCACCAGCUGCUUUUAUGGAUUUAAUGAACCGGGUAUUCCAGCCAUACUUGGAUAGAUUUGUUAUUGUAUUCAUUGAUGAUAUUCUAGUGUAUUCUAAGUCGAAAGCAGAGCAUGUUCGACAUCUUACUUUGGUGUUGAAGAGGUUGAGGGAACACCAAUUGUAUGCCAAGUUUAGUAAGUGCCAGUUUUGGCUAGACCAAGUUGCGUUUUUGGGGCACAUCAUUUCGGCUCAGGGUAUUUUGGUGGACCCUCAGAAAAUCGCAGCUGUGGAUAGUUGGGAACAACCGCGAACCGUCACUGAAGUGAGAAGUUUCCUUGGUUUGGCGGGUUAUUAUCGGAGAUUCGUUAAAGAUUUUUCGGUGAUUGCCCUGCCACUGACGAGAUUAACGAGAAAGGAUGUUAAAUUUGAGUGGGAUGAUAGGUGUGAGCAGAGUUUCCAGCAGUUAAAACAUUGUCUCACUCAUGCACCAGUUUUGGCACUCCCGGACGAUAGUGGUGAUUUCGAAGUAUAUAGUGAUGCUUCCUUGAAUGGUCUGGGAUGUGUAUUGAUGCAACAUGGUAGGGUAAUUGCUUAUGCUUCGCGGCAGUUGAAACCCCACGAGUUGAAUUACCCUACACAUGAUUUGGAGUUGGCUGCUAUCAUUUUUGCAUUGAAAUUGUGGAGACACUAUCUUUAUGGGGAAAAGUGUAGGAUCUUUACAGAUCACAAGAGUCUUCAAUAUCUUUUUACUCAGAGGGAAAUUAAUCUU